AUGAAGACGACGGUGGAAGCAGCGGAGGCGGCGGUGGGGGUGGCGGUGGCGGAGAGAUGGAGCGGCGGGCGGCGGCAGUGCGACUUCUGCGAGUCGUCGGAGGCGCUGGUGUACUGCCGCGCUGACUCCGCGAGGCUCUGUCUUGCCUGCGACCGCCUGGUUCACGCCGCCAACACGGUCUCGUCUCGCCAUUCGAGGUCCCUCCUCUGCGACGCCUGCGUCUCGGCCCCGGCGUCCCUCCUCCGAUGCGGCGCCGCGUCCCCGGGUGUUCAGCGCCGCCGUGACGGGCACCCGCUGCUGCUCUGCGCCAACUGCGACUUCGACGCCGGCGAGGUCGGGAGGGCGGCGGAGCGCCGCCCCGUUGAGCCCUAUUCCGGCUGCCCGGCGGCGGAGGAGAUGAUCUCCCUCCUUGGGGUUCCCGUUGAGGAGGAGAAGGUUCGGUUUGUCGCCGGUGACGGCGAUGACGGCGGUGGGGAUGGCGGGGGAGAUGAGGGGUUGCUGGGAGAUGAUGCGUGGAUGUGGGAGACGCCGCCUAUCCUCUGCAUGGAAGAUCUCCUUCUGCCCAUCACGCCCUUCCAUGGAUUUCCGGCCAUGGGGGUUCCUCCUCCGCCCAAGGUCUGCACUAUAGACUACAAGAACACCCCUGCAAGUUGGGAUUUCUCACCUGCAGAUCUUCCUUCUCCCAAAAUCUGAAACUAUCUGUGCCUGAUUCUCUAGGGUUUCGAUCAUCCAAUUACUUACGGCUCCUGGUUCCUCUUCUCCCUCUUCUUCUUCAGGAUAGGAACCCGGCAUGCGGGAGGCACAAGGAGGAAAUUCUCCGGCAGCUCCGGGGCCUGGACUUGCCGGAGGGCUGCUUCGGCGGCGGCUUCGAGCCGCUGGAAUCAGAUGUAGCCUUCCAUCCUCCAGAGGGCCUCGAGCAGGGAGCCAUGCCCUCGAAUGUUGAAGACGAUGCAUCUCUGAUCGUCCCGCUUUAUGGCUCGCAGGUUCCUCGUCUCUGUUCUAUCCAUUCAUCAAUUCAGUGGUCCUUUUUUCUGCUUUCCCUCUUCGUCUUCCUCUAGGAAUCCGAUUUUCCUUCUAGGAUUCUUCCUCUGCGAUCUGGGUUCCGACUCAACUACCAUUGAUUGCCUCCAAUCUCAGUGUAUUUCUUGCUCAUCCUUCCAAUUUAUGUAGUCCGUGUUCUUCCGUUCUUCCGACGUGGAUCCUGCUCUCUUGGGAUCAUUUAUCUGUUCAAUUCGAUCAAAAACCAGAUUUUAUCAGAUGGAUUGAACUUUCAAUAUUAUUAGGAAAAUCAGGUGUCUGUAUAAUGAUUAAUUGUUGGCUGAAAAUAUGUCCAUCUCCGAUUUCUGAUUGUCCUCUUCAUGUGCAGUGCUCUUGUCAUCUAUGAACUCAUAAUUAUCCUGAAAAACCCUAAUUGUCGUCUGGAACUAUCAUUUAAAGCAAGCUUUCUGUUUUUUUGUCCCAUGGAUCAUUAUUUACCACGUCGCUCCAUCCCGUGGCUUCAUAGCUGGUCAUGGGUCAACUCCCCAUUUCCACUUUGGGCCCCGCCAUGGCCUCAUUUUUGACCUGCUUCUUCUUCCUCUGAGCUCAGGCGGAGGCUGCGGGCGAGGACUGCAAGGAGAGCCGGUGGGACGCUUCCUCCACGGAGCAGCAACCGGAAACUUCCAUGGUGGAAGGCAAAUUUCUUUUCGACGGGACUGUCGCCAGCCCCGGCGACGGCGGCGGGCGAGGGAUCGCCGCAGAACUCGCGGCGGCGGCGGCGGCGCCGCCGUCGUCCCCGGCCGUUGCCUGGAGCAAGUUGCCCGUGGCUGACCGAGGCUUGGUCCUCUCCCGCUACAAGGAGAAGAGGAAGACCAGGAGGCGAGUACAAAUCUUUCCUUCUUACCCCUCCUCUCCCACUGGAUUCCUCCUAGAACCUCCAUCAUUCGUGCUUGUACUCGUGCGAUCGAAACGGGAGAAGAGCCGAGCUAUCUCUCUUUCUCUCUCUCUCUCUAGAUCUCUGAUGGGCUUUCAUGGAUGAUAUUUACAGGUACGAUAAGCACAUACGAUACGAAUCGAGGAAGGCGAGGGCGGACGGGAGGCUGAGGAUCAAGGGGAGGUUCGCCAAGCUAGGCAGGACACCCGCCGCCUGA